UAAUUUUUCAGUAUUUUAGUGGCCUUUUAGCGCUGAUAUGACACUGUGCGUGACUACACGACCAAGCAGCGCGUGAGGGGGGCAUUUGACCUGUUAUUUUUUGCCAUGUGUAUAAAAUCUAACCGGAAAAAACCGCCCCACCCCCUUCCCCCUUUAUUUUCUCUUCCUUCUUCUUCAUUUUCUAAUCUUGACUCCAUUUUUGCCAAAGCUUGAAGAAAAAAAAAUUGAAAUCUGUGCCAUGCAUUCUAGUGGGUUCUUACUGAAAGAGUUCAAAUCGGAGUUGAACAAUCUUUGUACUCAAAAUGACGAUCCAAAGAUGAAGCGUCAAGUGCGAUGCCAGCACGGAGUAUUAUUAAAAAUGCAGAUUUCUUGGUCUCCGAAUAAUCUCGGAAGAAGAUUUUGGACAUGCCCAUUCUAUGGGGCUAAGAAAUGUAAGUUCUUUGAAUGGAGGGAUGAUCCUAUUGAUGAAAGGUCUAAGUUUGUUAUUCACAAAUUGAUUAAGAAAAUAGAAGAGCAAGCGAGUGGAAUCAAGAAGAAAAUGGAAGAGCAAACAGUGGAAUUGAAGAAGAAAAUGGCCGAAGAAGUUGGUUUGACAAAUGAAAUGGAAGAAGGAGAGUCUUCUUGCAUUGAUGGAGAUAAUGGUAAUGACAAUAGUGAAAUGGCCAUCGGUAAUGAGAAUAUCGCUACAAAUGAAGAGAUGAAAGUGUUAAAGGUUGAAGAAGAGAUGAAAACUGACUGA